UCCUAUAUAUUUGCCAUCUGUUGCCCAUCAGUACAACUACUCUUGCAAGAUUUUUGAUAAUUAAAAUGGAACAUUAUUAAAAUUUUAGAGAUUAAUAAAUUUCAAUAAUUUUCUUCCGCUGCUGAUAUGUCUUAAGUGUUAAUAAUAUUUAGUGGGUGUUACCGAGGUUUUUUUCUUUAUUCUAGUUUAAUUAUUAAUAAAUAGAAUCGAAGCUACAACAGCUGCUUUCCGAUUUAAUACUGUCAAUAUUUGACUUCAUCUUAAAACAUGACAGAACAACAGCUGGACUGUGCAUUGGAUUUGAUGCGAAGACUCCCUCCUCAGCAGAUUGAGAAGAAUUUAAGUGACCUCAUCGAUUUGGUUCCUAGUCUGUGCGAAGAUUUAUUGUCCUCUGUUGAUCAGCCCCUCAAAAUAGCUCGGGAUAAAACUCUUGGCAAAGAUUAUCUUCUCUGCGACUACAACCGUGAUGGAGACUCAUACAGGUCUCCUUGGAGUAACACAUAUGAUCCACCACUGGACGAUGGUGCAAUGCCAUCUGACCGACUGAGGAAACUUGAGAUUGAUGCAAAUGAAGCGUUUGACCAGUACAGAGAGAUGUACUUUGAGGGAGGCGUCUCCUCAGUGUAUUUAUGGGAUCUAGAGCACGGCUUUGCAGGCGUCAUACUAAUAAAGAAGGCUGGAGAUGGAUCUAAGAAGAUAAAGGGUUGUUGGGACUCUAUUCAUGUAGUUGAAGUACAGGAGAAAUCCAGUGGUCGAAAUGCCCACUAUAAAUUGACAUCAACAGUAAUGCUUUGGCUUCAGACAAACAAAUCUGGUUCUGGUACUAUGAAUUUAGGUGGAAGUCUCACAAGACAGGUGGAAAGCGAUUCCAAUGUAAAUGAAGCUAAUCCUCACAUUGCUAAUAUUGGUCGAAUGGUAGAGGAUAUGGAAAAUAAAAUUAGGAAUACUUUAAAUGAAAUCUAUUUUGGAAAGACCAAAGAUAUUGUGAAUGGACUGAGAUCUGUACAAUCACUUACGGAACAGAGACAACAAGCAGAUCUGAGGAACGAUCUUGCCAAAGCCCUCCAGAAGAGGCAGGCCAAGAACGAAGUCUGAAAUAUAAAAAUUCAAAUCAAUAGCAAAUAAACUGUUUUCGUUUCUUUUUCCCAAUUCGAAGGAGAAAAACACAACUGUAAUGAUUUUUUUUUAUAAAUAUAUAUAUAUAUAUAUACAUACAUUAUAUUUCAGUGGUUGAGAAGUGGAUUUAAAAAAAAAAAAUGGUGUCUGUUUUAGGUGUGUACAUUACUCAGUUGAGAGGUUGAAAAAUUUUAUAUUUUUCUGCUUAUUUUUUUAUGUUUCAGUAACAUGUAUGUUCCCUGUGUUAAAAAUCCCGAAAUAUAACAGCAAUAUGGCUGUUGAUUAUGUUCAAUGAUGAUAUAAUUAAAUUUAGAUUGCUUUAUCUGUUUUUUUUUUUUUUCUUUCAACAGAAAAAGAAAGUAUUUGUAAUAAUUCCUUGCAUUGUGUGUCCUUAAAUUUUUAUUAUCCAUCCAAUAGACUUCAUUUAUUGUUACUUGUGGUUAUUUAUUACAAUAAAUAUUUUCACAAUUGUU